AUUUAUGCUUCCGCGUUACACCAACGCAGAGCCUACGGCGUAAGGUACCGCGGCGACGCGCACCGUACGCAGUGCGUCGCCGCGUAAAACUACGCCGUAGGGUACGGCGUAGGGCUUUGCGUCGAUUUAACGCGGAACCAUAAUUAUUCUGCGUUCCAUUUACCUCGGAAGUCGGAACUCGGAACUGGGAAUGACGUCACAGCCGAGUUAUCAGCGUUCCAGUUACAAAGUAGGUAAACAAGUUUGUAGUUCGCAUAUACCACAUGAAAAAUGUAAAUUACACUAUAGCAGCAUAUAUAUGCCGAACAAUACUUGUAUACGACUGAUUUAGUGUGACCAAAACUAGAAUGAAGUGCUACGAAUUAUUACAGAGCUCUCUUCUACUGUUUACAACCGGGGCAGCCAUCUUGGAAUGUGAACUCGGGGGUGGUGAAGACUCUCCCACUUUCCCAGUGGGAAAUCCAACUUCGAGGGGCGUUCCAGUUGAAAAUUCCGACUAAAAACUGGGAAAUCCCCACUUCCAAGGACAAAUGGAACGCGGCAUUAUCCACGGACCAACUCCCCCCUACACAGUCUCAUCUGUGAGGGUUCCUGUUUGACUCUGGAUGUUAUGUAAGUUUAAGAUAAUUUCAGGCUGGCCAUCUUUUUAUUUCUUUUCUUUUCUGUUUUUUUUUGUGUUAGUUUUAUUUUAACGAGGGACGUGAUGCCAGCCUAGGCGGACAUCCACCCGUCCUCCUCCAGCACUAUCAUGGCACCACCGUCCCUCCUCAUCCGAGCCUGCCGCAGUCUGGCUCUCUCUUCGUGGCUGCUCCUCUCGUUCUGUUUCGUCCACUUGCUGUGCCUGGACUUCACGGUGGCGGAGAAGGAGGAGUGGUACACGGCGUUCGUCAACAUCACGUACCUGGACCCGGCCACCUCGCUGGUGCGGACGGAGCGGAGCGAGUGCGGUCGCUACGGCGAGCACUCGCCCAAGAGGGAAGCCCGGGGGCUGGUGCUGCUGCCCAGCCUCCCGCAGGACCGGCAGGCGUGCGACCCCCGGGUCCGGUUCCCCCCGCUCCCCCGCAGCAGCAGCAGCUCCUGGGUGGCGCUGGUGGCUCCGGGAAACUGCACAUACCGGGAGAAAAUCCGGAACGUUGCGAACUCCAACAACGUGUCCGCCGUGGUUAUAUUCAACAGCGCCAACGACACCAUCACCAUGCCCCAUGCAGAUACAGGCCAUGUUGUGGCCAUCAUGAUCCCAGAGCCUAAAGGCCGAGAGAUAAUGGUCUUGUUGGAGCAGCAUAUUUUGGUGAUGCUGCACAUCACUGUAGGAACACGCAACCUGCAGAAGUACGUGAGCAGAACAUCGGUAGUGUUUGUCUCCAUCUCCUUCAUCGUCCUCAUGAUCAUCUCCCUCACCUGGCUGGUCUUCUACUACAUCCAGAGGUUCCGCUACGCUAAUGAACGAGACCGUAACCAGAGGCGUCUUGGAGAUGCUGCUAAAAAGGCCAUCAGUAAACUUCAAGUACACACCAUAAAGAAAGGAGACAAGGAAACUGAACCAGACUUUGACAACUGUGCAGUUUGCAUCGAAUGUUAUAGACCCAAUGAUGUUGUGAGGAUAUUACCAUGCAGACACGUCUUCCAUAAACACUGUGUUGAUCCUUGGCUACUAGACCACCGAACGUGCCCCAUGUGCAAAAUGAACAUCCUCAAAGCCCUGGGAAUCGCAUUCAACACAGACUGCACAGAUGAGGUUCCUCCGGACUAUGAGGUGUCUGUCGGGGAUCCAGACGCCAAUCCCAUCAGUGCUGCAAGUGAAAUCACAGUUAAUGAGAGCUCCGUGGUGCUGGAUCACACAGGAAGAGUCACAGACCUACACCAACAGCUCCAUCAUGACGCCGAGACGGACCUGCAGGCAGAGCAGAGUCACAUCAUUGCAAGCAGUGAACACCAACCUCCUCUGAGCAGUGAUUCAGACACUUCAGUCAUCAUGAGCGUUGAUGUAUGCAUGUCUGAAGUCAAUCUCUCUGUGGAGCCAGAACGUGACGAAGCCAAGUCCAGAGCCAGUCAGUGCUAAGAACGGCUGCCAGGAGGAGAAUGGUGAGAGCAGGACUGAGGGAUCAGUGGGGUCGGAGACGAGUUGUGUUUAUGGCUAAUUUGCAGUGGUCUCAAAAAAGAUGUAAAAAUGAGCAAUACAAGCAAAGCCCCCCCCCCCCCCCAAUCCCAGCUCUGUCUACAUCAAUUAAAAGCAGACUAAAAGCAGACUCUGUAUCUGUGGACUUGUUCCUUGCUCAUUCUCCAGCAGUGGUGGUGACCGGACAGCGAAUCACAGCUCUCACAGUUUUUGACAAGUCAACCUUUUCACAUCCUUCAGCCUAGCAUCUGAACUGCACUGCAGAGCACCAGGACCUCCUUAAUGCACAUGUGCAUUGUUUCUUAGCAUGAAAAUGUGUACAAAUAGUUUAACUUCUUGGUAUAAGAUCACUGCCAACCAUUCAAGAAGUGUUAUUGGUGUGAAAGAUGAAUACACAACACAUGUAGCAGUUAUAUGAGGAGUUCAAUCUGAGAUCAGAACAACUCGUGAGAAUUAACAUCAGAUAGUCAUCAGACUUGAUUAAAUGCCUCUGAAAACCUGAAGUUAAGGUUUCAGUCAGUCAAGAGAAAUUAAAGACUUGUAAUAUGUAAGCACACAUUAUCUGAAUUUAUAAAUGUAAAUGUUUCUGUUACUAUUUUAUGGAUCUUUAGAUUUUAACAUUCUAAUUUACCAAGUGACUGUAAGAGAACACAAUAUCUCCGAUUCCCACAUUUGACAAUCGUGGUUUGUCUUAUGCAGUGUGAAGUGAUGUCAUUCAUUGCCCUUGUGAGACAUGCUGCUACUUUUUACAACAUAUAAAGGAAGUGCUCACUUCCAUCAGCCUGUUUGGAGGGAAAUAAUACCAAGAUCUGACCAUGUGCACUCAUUCCCAUUAAAAAGCUACACUUGUUUAGCAGGCAAGUCUCAAAAUAGAUCCACAAUAAUUUGUGCCAAGCUUAUCUGCUGAGUUUUUUUGUUGUUGUUUUUUUUGUUUCCCCCCCGCCCCGAAUAUUAUGUUUUAUUCCCUGGCUCUAGGAGAAAUGGCACUACAUCCUUUCAGGGAACAUUUCAAGAAUUAUCACGAAGGCUCAGGGUUGAAUUGUGUUUUUGUCUGUUGCAAAAGAAGGGGGAUCUUGAUGCCGAUAGCACAUUUUUAUGGCGUGAAAAUAUUUCUGAGUGAAAGUUUUUACAGUUGGGGAGCAUAUCUGCACUGACCGUUAACUCAUGGAUGUUUCUGAAUGUUUUAACGAGCAUCUUCAAAUUAGAAGGAAAAUACCAAAAGUGCAUCACGACCAAUGUGUGCAGAGAAAUGUGUGAAUGUAUGUAAAUUAUUGUACGCUGGUAAGAAGAUACUUGGACCUCUAUCCUCACAGAUCCCAAGUCCCAUUUCAUCUUUAGGUUAUCAUCACAGAGCCAAUUGGAAACAGGUAUAAUUAUUAUUAUUUUUUUUUAUUUUUUUACAGUGACAGUUGCUCGUUUAAAUGUCUGACCUGCAGCUAUAAGCUAUACUGUUCGUUCACUCUGAUAACCCCUAUUUUCAGCAUAAAAUCUAACUUUUUCACCAUCCAUCCAUCCAUCCAUCCAUCCAUCCAUUGCCUGUAGCUGCUUCUUCCUGAUCAGGGUUACAGGAAUCUGCAGGAGAGUUUUCCAGUGUUUUUUAUGCAGUUAUGUUAAGGGGUACACUCUGGAUGCGUCAUCAAUCCAUCACAGGGCCACAUAGAUGAACAACCACACACGCUCAUUCUUGGGGUCAAUGCAAACUCCACACAGAAAGACCCCAGCCAGGAUUUGAACCAGGAACCACAAUAAACCUCCCUUAGUUGUUUUUAACAACCCUUUAAAGCUAGUAGAGACCAAAAACACAGCUAAAAAGAGGAGGAUUGAUUCUGGUAGGUUCACUUGUUGCAGCUACACGCUUUUGGGCAAAACUCUGUUAUAUUUAGAUUAUUUUUUCAGGGUGAAUUAAGAAAGAAAGUUGGCUCCUGGUUCUCUCCACACUACCCCACAUCCCCUAAUGAAGCUUUUGCAGCUGCAUCUGCUCACAUUUUUUGCAGUUUUAAACAGUGAACAAGCACAGACUCCCUGGCUCUGUCAGUGGAACUUCUAAAUUCAAUUUUUUCCACUCAAAAAGUCCCUGAAGCCUUCGGAGACUCAGUUAUGUAACACACAUGUUCAAAAACCACUUUGUGUGAGCCCAUUUUAUAUACUUGUUUUGAGAAAACACUGGCACUGAGAGAGGGGACUAUUCCCAAGUUUUCUUUUUGUUGACGCUUUCUAAGACUGUAUACGUGGUAUUGGCUGUAGCAGCUUGACAACUGAGGACUCCUAGUAACAAAAGUCCUUGCAUUAAAAAAAAUUUUUCUGCCGCAGUGCUUCACUGUGAUGUACUGCCUUUAUUUAAAGAGAGGAUUUGAUGAUUGCUAUGUAACCAGCAUGCACACGUGUAGCAUACAAAUUCAGCAUCAGUACGCUGUUUUAAGUAAAUUAUGAAAGAUUUGAGUUGUAUCUAUUUUCAUAUUCUUUUUGACAGUUUGGUAAAAACCAGUCAGUUUUAAAAAGUUUCUCUCAAGCAGCUCAUCUUUUGUGUUAAGGACAUGAGAUGAGAAAGUGAUAUGAAUGUGAUUCUCGCCAGCACAAUAUGGAUCCAGAUGUUUUAAUGCCUGCCUAAUCUGAAUCUUUAAGCCUCCAUACGUUACAUCAGCAUGUGUAGCGAAAAAGAGCACAACACACACCCAUCUGUAUCUCUUGCUGCCCUCAUCUUUGCCCUUUGCUCUUUCUCCAUGUAUCAUUUUUAAUUCAUGCGAGCUUCUUCCUUCAUGUUCUUUCCACUUCCCGUUUGCACAUAAACACAACACAACUUUGCCAUGACCGUUUGUUUGGUUGACAUGGAGACAAAAUUAAACAAAGCACAUCUGUUUAGCAGUAUCACACGGCCUGACCAACCUGAAUCGCAAGGUACAAGGUGUCUCACCUACGUCUGUUUACACGGUUUUAAUGAGACAUUCUCUCUUGGAAAAUAGAUUUUAGAGACAAAAGACCUGAGAAUACUUUAUUUAUUGACACUUCAGUUCAAUAAAAAUAAAACUUGUGUCCUGACCGUGAGUUUACCUACGACAACAUUACUUAAUACUGCUUUAUAUUUGAAGAGAAAUAUGUAUUUUUGUUCUUUGGAAAAACAAUGUCUUCAGGGCCCAUACCAUGAUGCACCUUACAGGUUUUAAUCCUUUUUAUUCUUCUUAUUUCUAAGGGUCAAAAAUGAAAGAGUGGAAGCAUCUGUUUACUCUUGGUUGAAAUGAUGCAGAACGAGCCACCAACCAGGUGUUACACAGAUAUGUGGUUUUUCUUUUUUAUUCUGAUGUAUCAGACGAAAAGCCACUACAAUAAAUAGCAGGUUACUUCUGAAGGACGUCAAUGCAACUUUUUCCAGACCUUUAACAUGCACAAACAGGUGGCACAACAUGGUUAAUGAAAGCAGAAAACUCCAAAUAGCAUUUGAUGUCCUCAUCAAAAGAAAGGCUUUACUUUUUAAUGGCGUUUCUCGUUUAUUUUAUAGUUUAUAUAAAUGUAUAUGUUAUUCAGUGGUGGCCCUGCUUAAAAAAAAAGCCCUGUGUUUACCCAGCUAGACUGUGAGGGUCCCAUAUAGUUUUAGUAAACACAUACUUCACUUAAAAUCCAGGUAGAUUCUGCUCAACUCACCUCUUUCUUAGUCCAUGCCCAUUACGUACACUUCUAUCCCUCAGAGGCUGCUCAUAUUGGCCCACAUAGACUUCCCAUUUUGGGCCCAUAAUACUGAAACUGUCAGGGACCCACACCAUUUGCCAAUUUCAAGCCAAAGCCCACUUUCAAUACCCAGAUGGGGCCCGCUGGGACAUGCUGGCUGGAAGGGUGCUAAAGUGAAAUGAGUCAAAUUUACAAUUUUGUAGCACCCAUACAUCAAAAGCAUUUAGGAAAAAAGACGUCUUGUAAGAUAGCCAUGACUAGCGUAUUUUGCAUAGCCUUGUGUAAGUUCAACAAAAGAUAGUGCAUGUUUUACGUACGUGGUUUGCUGGUACUUUCUGCAAUCCAGUUACUGAAAUGAAUGUAUACUCAUGGUUAAAAAUGCUGUUUAUAUUUUCCCAAUAAUUAGUAGCUAAUUAUUCGUUCCUUCCUGUGAAUUAUCAGAAGGUGUUUUGAAAUUAUUGGGGAAUUAUAGUUGUGUAAAAUGAAGCCUUAAGCAACUCUGCUUUAUUAUAGAUGAUGUAGGCUGUUCGCUGUGUUUUUAUUCUGUUUUUACACUUCCUUCUGGAUGUUUUAACCCUCCUGAAUUGCACAUUAACCAUCCAGAUGGUGGAGAAGGCUGAUCUAAACAGUUUUCUUUUAUGUAUAGCUUUUAAGAAUGAGGGCUACAGUGCUGAACACAACAAGAGUCACUUUAUGUUGUGAUAUUUUAUCUGUACUAUAUGGAUAUGGGGUUGAGGAUAUUGUUAUAUUGUAAGCUUGUAUACCCAACAGAAAUAACACCUAACUAUUUUGUAACAGAAAAAGCUUUGUGUCAGCAGAGUGUCUGUGCUUUUCUUGUAUUGCACAUGAUGCAUGUGUUUGAAUGUCUAUGAAUGUGUCUUUAAAAUAAAGUUGAAGCAGGUUUU